UGCCCUUAUACCAUUGAACACUCUGGGUCCACCGUCAAGACACUGGGCUGCGGAUCAAGCGAGCCUCCACUCCUCUUCCAAGAAUCCUCUGGACAGGUUCAUCUAGAGGAGCUCUUCUUUUUUUAACCCAUCCUUUUAAACAAAAUGGCACCAAAGAAGGACGUGAAGAAGCCCGCAGCUGCUGCUGCCCCGGCCCCGGCCCCGGCCCCAGCACCUGCCCCCGCCAAAAAAGAAGAAAAAAUCGAUCUCUCUGCCAUAAAGAUCGAGUUCUCUAAGGAACAGCAGGAUGAUUUCAAGGAGGCGUUUCUCCUGUUUGAUAGGACAGGUGAUUCCAAGAUCACUCUAAGCCAGGUUGGUGAUGUCCUUAGAGCUCUGGGCACAAAUCCCACCAAUGCAGAGGUCAAGAAAGUCCUGGGAAACCCCAGCAAUGAAGAGAUGAACGCCAAGAAAAUUGAGUUUGAACAAUUUCUGCCCAUGAUGCAAGCUAUUUCCAACAACAAGGACCAGGGCAGCUAUGAGGAUUUCGUUGAGGGUCUGCGUGUCUUUGACAAGGAAGGCAACGGUACAGUCAUGGGUGCUGAGCUCCGCCACGUUUUAGCCACGCUGGGGGAAAAGAUGAAAGAGGAAGAGGUGGAAGCCCUGCUGGCAGGUCAAGAAGACUCCAAUGGCUGCAUCAACUAUGAAGCUUUUGUCAAGCACAUCAUGUCCGUCUAAAUGGAGACUUAAAG